GUAUUCAAAACUGAACUCUGCCAGAUCUUCAUGGAGGGCAGAGUAUGCAUCUAUGGCGAAAACUGUCGGCAUGCCCAUGGCGAGAGUGAGCUUCGUCCGCGUAUACACGGUCCUCGGUACAAGACAGUGAUGUGCGUGAGGAUUGCCAACCAGCGCUCUUGCAGCUAUGGUGACAAAUGCGAGUUUGCACACGAUGCAGAUGAG